UCAUCAACGGGACAGCUGUCAAUCACCGGGACAGCUGUCAGUCAUCGGGACAGCUGUCAAUCACCGGGACAGCUGUCAAUCACCGCCAGAGACACCUGCCCGCGCUGAGCCAUCAAUCAUCAUCACCGCGACAGCUGUCAGUCAUCAAGGGGACAGCUGUCAGUCAUCAUCGCAGGGAGAGCUGUCAAUCACCGGGACAGCUGUCAAUCAUCAACGGGACAGCUGUCAGUCAUCACCACAGGGACAGCUGUCAAUCACCAGGACAGCUGUCAAUCACUGCCAGAGAUAUCUGCCCACGUUGAGGUGUCAGUCACCGGGACAGCUGUCAAUCACUGUCAGAGACAGCUGUCAAUCAACGGAGAUAGCUGUCAAUCAUUGCCUGCAGCUGCCAAUCAGCACAGGCAGCUGUCAAUCACAGCCAGCGGCUGUCAAUCAUGGCCAGGGAAAACUGUCAAUCACCGUCAGAGGCAGCUGUCAAUCACCACAAGGGACAGGUGUCAAUCAUUGCCCUAAGCCACCACUCACAGCCAGCAGCUGUCAAUCAUCAUCAAUAACUGUCAGUCAGCCGGGACAGCUGUCAGUCAUCAUCACCAGAUGCCAAUCAUCAGCGCCAGCUGUCAAUCAUCAUCACCAGCAGCUGUCAAUCAUCAGCAGCAGCUGUCAAUCAUCAUCAGCAGCUGUCAAUCAUCCCCAGCAGCUGUCAGUUAUCAGCGCCAGCUGUCAAUCAUCAUCACCAGCAGCUGUCAAUCAUCACCAGCAGCUGUCAAUCACCACGGACAUCCCCGCUGGCCAGGACUGUCGGCUGUCAAUCCGCCGCACUGACAGCUGUCAAUCACCAGCCUCAGGAGCCGCCUGCCCCCCUCCCCUCCCCCCGGCACGUUGCACGCGCCGGCAGGUGAUUGACAGCCGUCAAUCAUCCCCCCCGCCUGAGCGCCCCGCGCCGCCCGGGCCCCGCGGGUGAUUGAUUGACAGCUGUCACUCAGGGGAGACCGCGCCCCUCCCCCCCGUGUAACUUAAUGCAAACACGAGAAUAUUUAUGAGAGACCCCAAAAUGAUCCGGGACCCCAAAAUAAACCCGGGACCCC